GGGAACUUUUAGGACACUCUAUAUAACGGCUUUUUAUAACAACGUACUGUGCGCUGAUUGCCACUGACUACCGCUUGCCGGGUGUCGCCGACGUUUCUUUGUAGUGUGCGUACGUCUCUCGCACGCAUUAUGUCGUUAGGUUCAGACUUUCUCUGAAAUUGGUUCUUUUUCUCCUCUGUGUGUGAAAGCAUAUUACGAAAAAUAUGGGCCAGCGCGUCUCGAGGACGGAUUUCGAAUGGAUUUACACGGAGGAGCCGCACGCCACGCGACGGAAAAUAAUUCUAGAGAAAUAUCCGCAAAUUAAGAAGCUAUUCGGAUAUGAUCCGAAAUUCAAAUGGAUAGUCAUUUGCAUGGUAUUAAUACAAUUUCUAUCUUACUUCAUAGUCAAAGACUUGAGUUAUCCAAAACUUUUGAUAUUAGCAUAUUGCUUCGGUGGUGUGAUAAAUCAUUCUCUUAUGCUUGCUGAACAUGAAAUAGCUCAUAAUCUUGCCUUUGGACAUGCCAGACCCAUGGCUAAUCGACUGUUUGGUCUUUUUGUAAAUUUGCCAAUAGGAAUACCAAUGUCUAUUAGCUUCAAGAAAUAUCAUCUUGAACAUCAUCGUUAUCAAGGAGAUGAAAAACUAGAUACGGAUUUACCGACGUUAUUAGAAGCAAAGUUAUUUUGCACAACUUUCGGGAAGUUUUGUUGGGUGUUGUUACAACCAUUCUUCUAUUCUUUCCGUCCUCUCAUAAUGUAUCCAAAAGUACCAACUCCACUGGAGUAUAUUAAUCUUGUGAUACAAUUAAUAUUUGACGGAUGCAUUUGGUAUUACUUUGGCGGCAAAGUGUUGUUUUACAUGCUUAUUGGCUCUCUACUCGCGAUGGGCUUGCAUCCCGUGGCAGGACACUUUAUAUCGGAGCAUUAUAUGUAUAAGAAAGGUUUCGAGACCUAUAGUUAUUAUGGCUCUCUGAAUUUGAUAACUUUCAACGUCGGUUAUCACAAUGAACACCAUGACUUUCCUGCAGUGCCUGGCUCUAGAUUACCAGAGGUAAAACGUAUAGCUCCUGAAUUCUAUGAUAACUUGCCACAUCACAACUCAUGGGUAUCGGUUUUGUACGACUUUGUGAUGGAUCCUGACAUUGGACCGUACGCGAGAAUGAAAAGGAAACAUCGAGGAUUAGACCAAUAAAUGCUGGAAAAUAUUUUUAAAAACACUAUCUGCUGCAUUUAUGGUGUAUUAAUCUCCUUGUGCUUUCAUUUGAAAGCGUAACUUGUGUGAUACGCGACAGGUUUUCAACAAAUAUUUAAACUGCACAAUUAUGUAAACUAAAAAGUAUACUUUUAAACUAUAUUGGAAUAAUUUGGCCUUUGAGUGUCAAUGUAUGGUUACUGUUUCUGUAUCCAGGUAAACUAUUGAUAUAAUUAAUUACGUAGUUGUAAUAGCAUCUGUUGCUUACAAUUGUAGCAUCUGUGCUUACAAUUGUACAGUUUAUGAUGGUACUUUUAUACUAUAUACAUUAUAAAGUUGAAUUCCAUUACAUGUAUAUGUAUCAUAGUCAUGUGUAAAAUAUAAAAGUUCUGGCUCUUA